AUGGUCGAUUCAAAUCGCGACGUCGCCUAUAUAUUUAACUCGGCCAUCGCUGCCGCAUCAAUCGGCGCUGCCUGGGAAAUUGGGCUGCUUGAUCAACUCCGGAACGGAAAUAAGACGGAUGUCAAAGAAUUUGCAGCGCAACAUGACCUACAUUAUGACUCUAUCCACGGCUUAGUCACCGCGCUGGCUGUCGUACAUGUGGUCGAGUACGACAACCACACAGCCACGGCUGGCAAGCUAUUUGAUGAGGUCUACCGAUCGAAAUCCAUUUUCCAUUGGCUCACUCUUGGGUCAGGUGGACUCCUCUCGCGUAUGCAGUACGUGGUACGGAACGAAAAUCGCACAGGAAAAUUCUACCAACGAGACUCGGUUGCGAUCUCGUACGCUUCCAAAGACAUCAGCCGCGAACAUUUCGACCCAGCAUUUUGGCUAGCUAUGGAUGGAAUCGAUUAUAAAAUCCAUUCGGUCGUUGAUCUAGGAAGUGGAAGCGGCGAGCGGUUAAUGGAGAUCCUUGAAAGAUAUCCUGGGACUGUUGGUCUCGGCGUAGAUAUCGCUAAACCGUCCACAGAGGUCGCUAGGUCCGACGCGAUUAAGCGUGGCUUUGGAGAUCGGUUGUCUUUUGUUGUGGGUGACGUGCGCGCAUUGAGCUACCGCGACGAGUUUGCUCAGGUCGAUCUUCUAACAUGCUUUAUGAUGGGCCACGAUUUCUGGCCUCGAGAGAACUGUAUUGCUACACUCCAAAAGUUGCGUACUGCCUUUCCUAAGGUCCGCCGCUUUCUCCUCGGUGACGGUACUCGGAUCCUACUGAACACCGAUAAAACUCACUGCAAGUACUCAACCAACGUCGACAAUGUGCCUAUCUUUACUUUGGGCUUUGAAUUUGGUCACGCUAUGAUGGGAGUCUAUAUUCCGACACUUGAAGAAUGGGAAGGUGUCUUUGAGGAGGGUGGAUGGCGUUGUGUAAAAAAGCAUCUUAUUAGGUCUUUCACGUUAUCCGUAAUUUUUGAACUAGAGAGGCUAUAAGGACGAGAUAGCUAACGUCCGUCUCUGUGGGUCGAAUACCCCCCGCAGCGAACCACCAAUAUCGUUCAAGCACGUUAUACCUACGCAGUGGAGAUUCCUAGAUGUGAGUAAAUAGGGACAGACUUCACAGAGGUGCCUUUCAAAAGUUUCGUCUGCCAAUCAUAAUUCAGCCGAAGUGUUUCUGCCCUAGGUUAUACGGGGUUUGGAUCUAUUUAUACUUACUUCUCUUG